UCAAACGGCGGCGUCUCACGUUAUCCUUACAAUCUCCAUACCACUCUCAAGUCUCAACUCUCCAGUGAAGUAUGUCCUCUUCAUUCUAAUUGACGUCGAUGACAGAAAAACAAGAAUUCUAAACAUUGAUCCACCAACAAACCCUCUGUAAAAAUGGCGGCUGCUUCUUCAUCUUCCUCACUCUCUCUCCUCUCAAAUUCUCUCUCCAAACUCCAUAACCGCCAAUUCAUAGCUCUUCCUACAACACUUCGGCCAUAUUCAACCAGGUCCAAAUGCAGGGCUACCGGAGGUCAGCAAAGCGGAUUCUUCACAAAAUUGGGACGCCUAAUUAAAGAGAAAGCGAAAAGUGAUGUCGAGAAGAUAUUUUCUGGAUUCUCGAAAACUCGCGAUAAUCUUGCCGUCAUUGAUGAACUUCUCUUGUACUGGAAUCUUGCUGAUACUGAUCGCGUGCUCGACGAACUUGAAGAGGCUUUGCUUGUGUCUGAUUUUGGACCGAAAAUCACUAUGAAGAUUGUGGAUUCUUUGCGAGAAGAUAUUUUGGCUGGUAAGCUUAAAUCUGGACCUGAAAUUAAGGAUUCCCUGAAGAAGUGCGUUCUCGAGUUUCUAACAAAGAAAGGAAGUAAGACACAACUUCAGCUGGGAUUCAGGAAACCCGCUGUAGUCAUGAUUGUUGGUGUUAAUGGAGGUGGAAAAACAACUUCUCUUGGCAAGCUGGCAAAUAGAUUGACGAAAGAAGGAUCCAAGAUACUAUUGGCAGCAGGUGAUACAUUUCGAGCUGCUGCGAGUGAUCAGCUUGAGAUAUGGGCUGAGCGAACAGGCUGUGAAAUUGUUGUGGCACAGAAAGAGAAGGAAAAAGCUUCGUCAGUUCUUUCGCAGGCCGUCAAAAGAGGGAAGCAAGAAGGAUUUGAUAUUGUCCUAUGUGACACAUCUGGCCGUCUUCAUACUAACUACAGCCUCAUGGAGGAGUUGGUAGCUUGUAAAAAAGCUGUGAGUAAAGUUGUUUCUGGUGCUCCAAAUGAGAUUCUGCUUGUUUUGGAUGGAACAACUGGUUUAAAUAUGCUUCCUCAGGCCAGGGAGUUCAACGAUGUUGUUGGAGUUACUGGACUAAUCUUGACAAAACUUGAUGGUUCUGCAAGGGGUGGUUGUGUGGUCAGUGUGGUUGAUGAGCUUGGCAUUCCAGUAAAAUUUGUGGGUGUUGGUGAGGGCGUGGAAGACCUUCAACCUUUUGAUGCCGAAGCCUUCGUUGAGGCCAUAUUCUCAUGAUUUGUAAUUGGUUUUGUACGUAAUGUUACGAGGUUCUAGCCAUUGAACAAGAUUGUAAUACAAAUGUUGCUAGCUAGAUUCGAAGUGAAGGAGCUGAAGAGGAAGGGAUAAUAUGCACGUAUUGAUCACUGUUCUAGAAUUGAGUUAGUCUGAUUGAACCGCACCAAUGAAAGUCCUAAAUCAGAGGACCUUGGUGUACUCUUCGGCUGCAUCAUCAUAACAAGAAAUAUGUCAGCUAGUCCGUCUUCCUAAUUUCUAUUACAGGCAAAAUCUUCACUUUCCUGAUGUAUAUGGUUAGGACAAAAGUGUACAAGAUGCAUGUCAUCUAAUCAAUACGUGCUGCGUCGUAAUAGGGAUAAUAUGUAGAGGAAUUCCAACUUGAAUUGCAUCAACAUAACAUAUAAUUUUGCAA